GGCAACUCUUAGGGGUCCUUCCAGGGUGUCUGUGUAAACAGGCACAGUGCAGGACAGCCACUAAGGGUCCUUACACGCAGGACUGGUUUCCAUGACAACAAUGUAACUUUCUCACCAACAUGGAGAUAGUGAGAUGAAGUUGGACACAUUAGAGGAGUCCCCGGAUAUAAUGUGACGGAGGAGGCGACAGCAGAGAGUUCUCCAGCAACAGAGGAGGCGACAGCAGAGCGUUCUCCAGCAACAGAGGAGGCGACAGCAGAGAGAAUCCCCAGCAACAGAGGAGGCGACAGCAGAGAGAAUCCCCAGCAACAGAGGAGGUGACAGCAGAGAGAAUCCCCAGCAACAGAGGAGGUGACAGCAGAGAGAAUCCCCAGCAACAGAGGAGGCGACAGCAGACAGAAUCCCCAGCAACAGAGGAGGCGACAGCAGAGAGUUCUCCAGCAACAGAUGAGGCGACAGCAUAGAAGAGAAUCCCCAGCAACAGAGGAGGUGACAGCAGAGAGAAUCCCCAGCAACAGAGGAGGUGACAGCAGAGAGAAUCCCCAGCAACAGAGGAGGCGACAGCAGACAGAAUCCCCAGCAACAGAGGAGGCGACAGCAGAGAGUUCUCCAGCAACAGAUGAGGCGACAGCAUAGAAGAGAAUCCCCAGCAACAGAGGAGGUGACAGCAGACAGAAUCCCCAGCAACAGAGGAGGCGACAGCAGACAGAAUCCCCAGCAACAGAGGAGGUGACAGCAGUGAAGUCUCCAGCGAUGGAGGAGGUGACAGCAGAGAGCACUCCAGCAACAGAAGAGAUGUCCGGCCAUCUCUUCUGCACAGCGGUCAGCGAGGAGAAGCUGCAAGAAGCGCGUCGGAAAUCGCAGAGAAGGGUAUUCGGCUCCAGCCGAGCGUUUCUGGCCUUGGAUGUCAAACCCCAUCAGUCCCAUCCCUACCAGGAGAUUGUACAGGGGAGGAUGGAGGAGCACUCUGAGCGAGGCCGGCACUUCCUGUCACAGGGGGGAUGGGAGAAAGCCGUCAUCUCUUUCACCAAAGCUAUAAAUCUGUGUCCGGAAAAGAUGGAGCUCUACGUCAAGAGAGCCGAAGCGUUUCUGCAGCUCGGCGACUUCCAGUCUGCAGCUGUCAACCUUCAGAAAGCCUGUUCUGGACCCGACCCCCCGGGAGAGAACAUCGAACUGCUGGCAACCACAUACUACCUGCAGGGACAGAGCCUGUUGGAGCAGAUGUGUCCUAUGGAUGCCAUGGAGUGCUUCACCCGAGCUGCGGAGCUCCAGCCACAGAACAGACAUUAUCACAUGCACAGUAUCUGCUGCCUGGCUGCUUUGGGAAGAUACGCAGAAUGCAUCGGCCUUAUCAAUAAACAACUGGAAGAGGAACAAGGCAAUCCCGAUUUAUACAUUGUGCGGUCCAGGCUCUAUGAUCACCUCAAUAAGACCACGCUGACCUAUCAGGACACACAGAGGGCUCUGUUACUGGACCCGCAGCACCGGGAAGCCAUAAAAAUGAAAGACAAGAUGGCAGCGAAAGCAGAAGAGGCCAGGGAUAAAGCUGUGAAUUUGGCUGUACAGGGGCAGCUGCCAGACGCCCUGAAGAAAAUUUCUUAUGCCAUAGAGAACAACCCAUCCGCAGCCAGAUAUCGCAUCUUCCGGGGCAUAGUGUACAGGAAGUUGAAGGAUUUCAGCCCGGCGGUGGAUGACUUUGUACGGGCCAUGCAGCUUUGUAAUACGGAGAGCGGACCGGACUUCCAAGACACCCAGCUUCAUACGGAGGCCGAGACCCAACUAAUUCUCACCUACAAUGACUUUGCUGUACAUUGUUACAUGAAAGGGUUCUACCAAGAUGGCGUCCUGCUACUGAACAAAGCUCUGAAACGGGAAAAAAAUAAGAAAGAACUUUACAUCAACCGAGGAGAUUGCUUUCUCCAGCUGGGGGAGGCGACCUUUGCCCUGGCGGAUUACCAGCAGGCGUUGGAGUUGGAUGAUGGGGAUUGGGAUGUGAGGACUCGUAUAGCGAAUCUCCUGGAUGAUCUGGGGUCGCAGGCUCAUCGCAUGAGGCAGUACCAGCAGGCCGAGCGCCACUUCUCAGAAGCCAUAAAGAAGAACCCGCUCCUGCCUCAGCUGUAUCUCCACCGGGCGCAACUGAGACGUCAGCUGCCCAACGACGCGGAUUGCCAAGAAGACGCCGUCACCUCCAUCCUUCUGAACCCGAAAAGCAAUGAGGUGUCACCCACACUAAUGACCUUCUUCCCCGGGAAGUCUCUGGAGGAGGUUCUACACGGCACACUGGCCACCAGAGCUCGCCAUCUACUGGAGAGAAGCCUGAAGACUCUGCCCAAUGAGAAGAGGACGUGUGAGCCGCCCCCCCUUCAGGAAUCAUUGGGAACAUCGCUCCACCCAAUCGGAGCUGAACUCUCACUGCAUGCUUCCUUCUCCAUUGCUCCCCAGGCCACGCCCCCAACUAAGUGGAGUCUUUAAUAAAUCUAAACCAUAGUGGUCUGGAGGGGACGGUCAGAAUACAGUCCGAGAAAUACCAUGGUUAAAGUUAAAAUAGGAGGUGGGAACGGCCUAUGGAGACCCUUGGAUCCCUGAACUUCUUUUUU